CGUGCCUUCCCAGCAUGCUUUGCUACGUGUGUUCGCUGCUGUGAGCGUGAUGGCGGAAAACCCGAGCCACAGGGGAGAUGAGAGUGGCAGCGGAACACCAUCCUGCAGCACAGAGAGAGACAGCUCCAGCACAAGGUUCACAUCUGCUAGCAAGAGGAGCCAUGACAGAGAGAAAGAUGGUCGUGAGAAGGAUGGAGAAUCUGCCAUCAAGAAGCUGCGCACUCAAGAAGGGCACAGCCAGAAAGUGGCCUCGCAUUACAACACCCUUCAGGAGCACGGGCGGGAAGCUCGUGUCGAGAGCAGGAUCUUCUACAUGCGCAACUUCAACAACUGGCUCAAGAGUGUUCUUAUCGGUGAGAUCCUGGACAAGGUGAGGCAGAGUCGACAGGAACUGUGUGUCCUGGACCUGGGCUGCGGAAAGGGCGGGGACCUGCUCAAGUGGAGGAAGGGCAACAUCCACCGGCUCGUGUGUGCAGACAUCGCUGGCGUGUCUGUGGAGCAGUGCCAGCAGCGUUACCACGAGAUGAAGAGGAAGUGCCGGGGGAAUGAGCGCAUCUUUGCUGCCGAGUUCAUCACUGCUGACUGCACUAAGGAGUUGCUGUCAGACAAACUGACUGAUCCAGCGAUGACCUUUGAUGUGUGCAGCUGCCAGUUUGUGUACCACUACUCGUUUGAGUCAUGGGAGCAGGCCGACACGAUGUUGCGCAAUGCCUGUGAGAAAUUGCGGCCUGGUGGCUACUUCAUCGGCACCACCCCGGACGCCUUUGAACUUGUAAAACGUCUCGAAGCCUCCGAGUCCAAUUCCUUUGGCAAUGACGUGUAUAGUGUGACGUUUCAAAAGAAGGGCAAUUACUCACUCUUCGGCUGCAAGUACGACUUCAAUCUCGAGGGCGUUGUCAAUGUUCCGGAAUUCCUUGUGUAUUUCCCACUCUUGGAGCAGAUGGCAAAGAAGUACAACAUGCACCUUGUAUUUAAGAAGACUUUUGCAGAGUUUUUCAAGGAAAAGAUUCAAAAUGAGCGGCACAGGUUUCUCAUGAAGAAGAUGAGUGCCCUUGAGCAAUAUCCUGCUGAUGAAGGGAACAAGCUGACGUUCAGCAAUCCUGGCGAAUAUGAACAUGCAAAGGCAUGGGCAGAAAAUCCGGAUGCCAAAGUCCCUCUGGGUACUCUGAGUAAGUCUGAAUGGGAGGCAACAUGCAUAUACCUGGUAUUUGCAUUUGAGAAAAUGUCCUGAACAGCUGCUCUACUGGAGGAUCAUGUUUCUGUUAUGUUUGAUCAGGUGACUUGUAAAAAUGCCACCAAGGGCCAGCUCACUUGGUGGCCUCUGAUGUGUGGGGCUUCCACUGGAGGCACUCUUAUGGUCACUCUGUUACGGUUGUCUGUAUGCAGUGGACGAUGAGGAGCUGUUUUGUGAAUUUUUAUUUCUUUUGUGGAAUAGCUUUGUGAUUAAUAGUCCUUUGUGUCUAUAUGCUGCAGUGUCAGUGACUCUUUAUUCCCGCGUUCUGUUUGCGUCUGGCUCCUGCGUGGUAUGCUUCACAGAAGGUACCCAGAUGUUUCCAAUAAAAUGUUGGGGGGGGGGAAUAUUUAAACUGUUUUUACACACAUUGCUGGCCCUGACCUGUUUCUGCAGGUUUGGGUUUAGCUACUACAUUCUUCUACAUACAUUCAUACCAAAACUGACCAAGAGCACUUCUAAUAGCACAGUGGCUUUGCAGAGUGAAUGACACAGGCAGUGAUCUUUUGAACAUUAUUUCUUUAUAUCAUAAAUACCACAAUUUCCCCAUCUAGGAUGUAUCCAGUCUCUCUCAUUGUGCUUCCUGGAGAGUUUUUGCACCUGUGCUCCCCUGCACUGGACAAGUGGUCACUGAUAAUGAAUGUGUCAAUAGAACUUUCAUUAACAUUGAAAGACAGGCUAGUAAUUAUUUUUCAUUAUGAUUAUGCAAGGUUGAUUAUAAAGCAGUUGUUAAUAAUUAUUGUAAAAUAUGUUCGUUAUUGUCAUCUGUAAAAAUGUUUUAUAAUUAGUG